AGACCCUCGAGUUCUAUACCAACGAAAGUAACACUUUCUUAGAGCAGAACUCGUUCACAGACUAUAUGUUUAAGUGUUCGGUGCGUCUGGAGGAGGAACGGGAUCGCGUCAAACGCUACCUAAAUGAACGUCUGUUGACGCCGACCAUCGAAACGGUGGAAAACGCUCUCAUUGUCCAGAAAAUCGAUAAAUUCAUCGAAGAGUUUCAGAAGUUAUUAGUCGGCGAUAACAUCGACAAACUGGCCGUCCUCUACAAACUGGUGAUACGAGUGGACAAAGCGAUCGUACAGUUGUGUCAGUUCUUCAAAGACCACAUCAUUAAAGACGGCAAAGAGGCCGUCGAGAAGAUCGCCGACAAGGCGUCUGAUGACCCGAUCCUAUUCGUCGAAACCAUUUGGAGUGUUUACGAUAAGUACAGGAAUUUGUUGGAAAAGGCGCUCCAAUCGGACGCUCAGUUCUUCAAGUCGUUGGACGCGGCUUCCAUGGAUUUCGUGAACAUAAACAAAGUGACCGAAGCGUCGCCCAUAAUGUCUAAGAAAACGCCGGAACUGUUGGCGAAAUACUGUGAUGUGUUGCUGAAGAACAAAGCCAAGCAAAUGGAAAUCAAUGAAUUGGAGACCAAACUGACGCAAGCGGUGACCAUCUUUAGGUUCAUCACCGAUAAGGACGUCUACAACAACUUCUACCUAAGAUUAAUGACUCAGAGACUGCUUCAGGACACGUCUGCCAGCGCUGACGCUGAGCUCCUUGUGAUAAGUAAACUGAAGGAAGCGUGUGGUGUAGAGUACACGAGUAAACUUCAGCGCGUCUUUCAUGACGUCCAACUCAGCGAAGAACUCAACAAACAGUUCACGAGUGCCGUCAGACUGGACAUCGACCUGUCCGUGAAGGUGAUCAGUGGUGCGGCGGCGCCCUGGGGUACUGUCAACUACGACUUCAGUCUCCCUCAAGAGUUGGCAUCGGGAGUGCAGAGCUAUACCGCGUUCUACAUAACCAAACAUCAGGGUAGGAAACUGACCUGGGCCUACCCGAGGUCCAGGGGCGACGUUAUAUAUCGGUGCAGCGGAAAGGUGUACACAUUCAACACCAGUGUAUUCCAGAUGGCGAUUAUGCUUUUGUUCAAUUCCACGGAUCAGUUGCGAAUCCAAGACAUUGUCGACAGCACUGACAUUAAAAUAGAGAUUUUGGUUCAGAUUAUGAAAAUCUUCCUGAAGACCAAACUAUUCACGAGUGCCACACAUGAGGACAGUCUCAUCGAUGAGAGUGUCAUUAAACUGAACACACAGUAUAGGAAUAAGAAGUUGCGAAUCAACAUCAAUAUGCCCAUC